AAAGCUCUCAAGUCCUGUCUGAACUGUUUCGUCUCUUACCGUGAGAAACACCUCCAGCCUCAUUAUGAUGUAGCUCAGUUAAAGAAACACAAGCUGGUGGAGCCCUGCAAGAAGCUCCAGGAGAACAUCUGCUCUCGUCACGACGAGGUGAUGAAGAUGUUCUGCCGCACUGAUCAGCAGUGUAUCUGUUAUCUCUGCUCUGUGGAUGAACAUAAAGGCCACGACACAGUCUCAGCUGCAGCAGAGAGGACUGAGAGGCAGAAAGAGCUGGAGGUGAGUCGACAAAACAUCCAGCAGAGAAUUCAUGACUUUAAAAAAGUCAUGAAGCUGCUUCAGCCGGAGGUGGAGGCCAUCAACCGCUCUGCUAAUAAAGCAGUGGAGGACAUUGAGAAGAUCUGUACUGAGCUGAUCUGUUUCAUUCAGAAAAAAGGCUCUGAUGUGAAGCAGCAGGUCAGAUCUCAGCAGAAAAGUGAAGUGAGUCGAGUCAAAGAGCUUCAGGAGAAGCUGCAGCAGGAGAUCACAGAGCUGAAGAGGAAAGAUGAAGGACUGAAGCAGCUCUCACACACAGAGGAUCACAACAAGUUCCUACAAAAUUACUCCUCUCUCUCACAACUCAGUGAAUCUACAGAGUUGCCCGGCACCAAAAGCCGUCCUUUGCAGUACUUCGAGGAUGUGACAGCGGCUGUGUCAGAUGUCAGAGAUAAACUACAGGAAGUUCUGUGUGAGAAGUUGCCAAAGAUUUUUCGGACAGUGACUGAAGUGGAUGCUUUACUGUCGCAACAACUGAGGACCAGAGAGGAAUUUUUACAGUAUGCAUGCCCAAUCACAUUGGAUCCAAAUACAGCAAACCCCAUGAUGAUAUUUUCUAAAAGGUACCAUAAAGUAACAACUGUGCCAAUCUUUGAUUUAACUUAUGGCCGGUCCUCAGCUACAUUCAAUCAGAAUUUUCAGGUCCUGAGUAGAGAGAGCUUGACUGGACGUUGCUAUUGGGAGGUGGAGUGGGACGCACUUGUUACAAUAGCUGUUGCAUACAAGGACAUGAGG